UGACAGCAGCUUUACGCACGCUGAUUGGCCCAGGGUCAGGAUACUUAGGAUAUGUUGCUCGUGCCAUAGCGUCAAUAAGAAAAUAUUAUUAUAGUCUCAUGGUUUGCCUGCAGAAAUCGUCUGAUUGUCUUAGUCAUAGUUCGUUCAACACGCAGCUGAAGCUCUGAGAGGAGACCGUGCGCAAAGAGAAGCGGCUGCUCUCUGGAGGAGGAUCAACAGACUGAAGAAGGAGCGAAUCUAAGCUGCCAACUUGAGAGUGUAUCCACAUGGCAGAACCCAAUUUUCCCCCACUGCCCGGAUUCAUUCCACUCAAGCCAUGUUUCUACCAGGACUUUGACGAGAUCCCUGAGCAGCAUCGCAGCAUGUGCAAGAAAAUGUACCACCUGUGGAUGUUGAACAGCGCCACACUCGCAGUGAAUCUCGUCGGAUGCUUCGUCUGGAUGUUCGGUGGAGGGGGAGUCACCAACUUUGGACUGGCUAUCAUCUGGCUCCUCAUGUUCUCUCCCUGCUCUUACGUCUGUUGGUUUAGGCCCAUCUACAAGGCCUUCAAGAAUGACAGCUCCUUCAACUACAUGCUGUUCUUUUUUGUGUUCAUGGCCCAAGUCGGCAUCAGCAUCAUCCAAAGCAUCGGCAUCCCUGGGUGGGGAGUGUGUGGUUGGCUGGCAACCAUCUCCUUCUUCAGCUAUAAUAUUUUUAUUGCACUGGUAAUGCUGAUCCCUACGAUCAUGUUCACGGCUGUGGCCUCGCUGUCCUUCAUUGCCCUCACCAGGAUCCAUAAUUUCUACCGUGGCAGUGAGGGCAGCAUGUCCAAAGCUCAGGAGGAGUGGGCCACAGGAGCCUGGAAGAACCCUCAUGUCCAGGCCGCGGCCCAGGAGGCCGCCAUUGGGGCCGCUACCGGAGGCGUGCAGGGUCAGUACUCCAGCCCACAGUAUAACGACAACCAGAUGUAAACGGCUCAAGGCAGGAGGUGUCAAAGAAAUGACGUAACAGUUAUGCCAAAGAUUGAGUGGCAGGGUUAGGAAGGAUCUUAGCACGUAUGUAUUAAGUUAAGAAAUGUUACAGAAGAAAAUACUGGCAUAUUUCAACAUGUUCAGUUUUUAUAUCUGAUUCAGCAGAAAUGAUCGUAAAGUAUUUCAUUAUUCGGCAAAUAAAUAUCUCAUUGGGAUGCUGGUUUUCACCUUCCAGUGUUAUGCUGACUAUUUGUUAUGUUUUAUGAUUUUUCUCAUGUUUUUUUUUUCCUGUUUAAAAAGAUGUAAUUAGUUUUGAAUGUGUGUGAUACUUUAGCGGCUCCAUUAUGAGAGCUGUGUGUUUUGUGUUGACCUGCAGUCUGAGCAGUUUUUACAAAAAGGAGGGAAGGAAAAAUAUUUUUUUUUCAUCAAAAAUGCAAAAUGAUGUGCAACAACCUCGAUGUCAUUAAGAUUAAAUUAUUUAGUAUUUAUUGAUUAAUAAAUGUAUCUAUAACUGUACAUGUUAAAUUGAUAAAUGACUUAGGAUGUCAUAUUUUAGAGAGACUCAGGGUAAAUGAAUUGCGAUUUUGUGAUUGUAUUUAAAACGAUGCUACUUUCUGUGACCUCGGCAAGAAUUCAUCAUGUUUCUAUGCAGUUUAUCAAUGAGUGCACUGUGAAAUUAAAGAGGGUUGCAAUGUGGAAAAUGAAA